AUGACGGUGCUUCCUCCAGUGUUCCAGACUUUGCAACCGCCGAUGAUGCAAGCGAACAACCGCCAGGCCUACUGCUGUACGAAUGCGCUUGGUAGCUCAGCCUCCCAGCAACCGAUUGGUUCAAGCCUUUUCCAGCCAUUACGGUUUCCAGUCAAUAUGCCGCCUCCAUUAUUCGAGCAUCAUACCUAUAACUAUUCCGUUAUGCAAUCGUCCUUGUUUUACAAAGCAACAAAUGUUCAAAAUUGCGGCGUUCCUCCGCAACCAAAACCUACUCUCGAUAGCAGUACACCGCGAGUAAAUCAGGGCGAAACUACGGUUCCAAUCAAUAUUCCAACCAGCGUGGGAAGUUGCAGCAGCACCUCGCCAUCCUUGGCUACUGAGAACGAUGACCAUAUCGACGGGGAUGUGCCGAACACCGAACACAUUGAUGAGUUGAUCGAGAUUGCUUUGCAAGGAUGUAAGCUGGCAGAAUCGUUAGCUACCAACUACCAGAAGCGUCCCUGUUUCAAGAAAAUAGAUAGCCUAUGCGCUCGCUUGAAACAGGACUUAUUGAAACCGGAUAAUGUACUGUCCAAUAUCAACUCGCAGGGCCUUGCAUGGGCAGUGAAGGAUUUCAUAUUUGUGUUCACCAGAAUUAUGAAUGCCUGGAACAUAAUCAAGGGAUACGCUCGUAGUGAGCCACGAGGUUUGGCGUACGUUCAACAGGAACUAUGCCCAAACUUUCUGAAGGCCUUUGGACAGUGGCACAAAUCAACCCUACAGCUAACCCAAUCGCUGGUCACAUCGUUCACCAAUUUAGAUAAGCUGGCCAAAUCACACCGUGGUAGUGCCACUGGUUUUCCAAUGACUCUCUUACCUGGCGGGUACCGUUAUGAAAGCAGCACCGCUGAUGCCGAACCACAGGGCGAAGGUGCUGUUAGUUUUCCCAAUAACGAUGGCGAGUACAUACGCACCGGUGUGUACAAAACGUUGCGCAAACCCCCAGGAUUCGAUGAUCUGCCAAAAGCAAUGCAAAAGAUUAAUGUACACGAUCAAAACGAUACAGAUGCGUGCCGAGAGCAACGAUUUACAAUGAGCGUAAGCAGCCAAGAAUCGUCAUCACCAUCAACACCGCUUUCUCCUGUGACGACUUUACCGGCUGCGCCACCACCAUCACCAGCGGACCAGAUCCAAGAACAUGGAAUGUCCGACGAAGAAUGGAACGAAUUGUUCAAUCGAAGCGAAUUGCAGGAAACAUGUCCUAAUGAUGUAGUGGAAGCUUAUUCUACCCUUAUGCGUCGAGUGCUGGAGAUUAAGGAGUCUGAAUAUUUCAUAAAUAUUUGGAUUACUAAAGCAUAUUUUCCCGAUUUCUACCUGUGCGGACCUUCGUUCAACGAUCUGCGAACGAUCUUUUCUAACACCAAGAAGGGAAUUUACCCGAACAUUAAGGCUCUGCUAUCGGAUCUGCAAAAAUUGAUCAAAGCUUGUAUGACAUAUCUCAACGUACAUCUCCAGGAAUAG